AUGAUCAUCGAUCCCUUACCCCUCCGAUCCAAUCCAUAUCAAACAUCUACUCCAUCCCUACUUCCACCUUCUCCAAAUUCCUCCCACAUUGUGGGCCAACAAACCCAAAUCGAGCUCUCCCACGCCUUUGAAAAUCUUCUCCAAGAACGCCGCGACGCCGAACGUCUUCGUCGAGAUCUCGUUUUCUAUUGGCAUACCCUCAUUCUCGAAACGCAAAAACGCACCAAGGAAUUCGAGCGUGCUUUUUAUCAAGCGGGAAACUGUGGCGAUACACCUUUCUCGAGUGAGGAAACCAUUGUACCCGGAACUCCUGAUACGAUUACGGAAUUAACGGGAUUGAGUCGCUUACCCUCACCCUUAAGUCCCAUUGUUAGCGGAAGUGCCAAAACGACACUAAGAUUGGAUAAUUUGGGCACAGAGAGAAUCCAGAAGAAAAUAGAGGGAUUACUGAAGAGAUAUCAGGGGAUUAUCGAUUUUUCGAAAAGUUCGGGCGGAAGAGAAUAG